AUGGACAAGAAGGACGAGACGACAACCAUCAAGCCGAAGACGGCGCAACCUGUGGCGAGGCCAUCGAUCAAGCCUACCUCUGCCAGGUUGGCUACGACUUCACGGCCGACCACGACCUCUUCUACGACCCGGCCAGCCGCUGGAAGUUCGCUGAGCAAGCCGCCAGCGAGACCGAUCACCACCUCGUCCACAAUCCGCAAGCCUACCACUACUACCACCCAUAAGAAAAGAGAUUCGGACAGUACAGUGGACGAGAAACCUUCGGGCGACGAAAAGAAGGAUGGCAUAUCUGCAAAGCCCAAGCGGAUGUCCGUGGCUCCGUCUACAUCUUCUGAACGAGCCUCGACUACUACAAACUCAGUCGCUGCCACCCCUGCGCGGCGAACUAGCAUCCAAUCCUCAACAACGACGGCGAAACCGACUACUGCUCGAACACGACCUCCAGUCCCCUCAACAAGGCUCACUGGCGCAGCGUCGGUUGGAGAGAGGAAACGUCUAAGCACGAUCCCUGCCUCUCCCGCGGUCAAAUCGGGCGCCGAGUCGGAGGAUAACAAGGAGAAUACUACGUCUAAAACAGAGCGGACUACUGUUCCCGUCCGUCCAGCACUGGGAUCGAGAAAGUCCACCCGGUCAGUCUUGAUUGAGCAACGUAUCAGGGAAUUCGAACUCGUCAACAGUAUGCUACAAGCUGCCAUGACUGCCGAUGGUGCCGAUGAACAAGAGCAACAUUCCAUGGGUCAAGAGGCUGCGACCACAAUUGCAAAAUUAAAGUCAGACCUGGCAAAAGUCAGGGAUUACGAACGGAAGCAUGAUCGAGUGCCUACAACGGCAGAAUUGGAAGAAAUUCAAUCCGUCACGGGAGAAUCGAAUCCCGAGCCUCAGGACGAUGCCGAUGCCCGUUUGGUUGAGGAAGUCCAAGAUGCCUCUGUCAGCGAGUUGCAGAAAGAGUUGGCUGAAAGCAGAGCCCAAGCUGAGGCUUUGCAGACCGAGUUGACGGAGCUGCGGACCAAGCUGGAAGUGUCCAGUCAGAGUGCAGCGGAGGAGAGUGGUCGUGUGCAGGAAGCUAUCGAAGUAGUUCGAAAAGAACACGCAGCCAAAAUCGAUGAACUAGGAUCUCUUCAUAAAACCAGAGUCCAGGAGCUUGAGAAUGCUCAUCGAGAACAUCUGCAAAAACUUUCUGAUGGACACGAGUCCGAAAAGAACCAGCUGUCGCAGGAACUUGCCUCGGCCGAAGAUGUAGCCACUCAGCUGAAGCUGGAUUUGGAGGAACUUCGCAAAACAGCUGCAGAGCGGGCGUCUGCGGCAGACAGCUACAGCGAGAUGAAGAACACAUUGGAGACCAAGAUCGGAAGCCUCGAAAUCCAGCUCAAGUCACAAUCAGCUGAAAACCAGCGCAACAUGGAUCAGGUGGAAACUGAAGUCGCCACCAAGCAGAAGGAGAUCAGCCAGAAACAGGAGGAACUUGCAAAGGUCAACAAAGAGGUGUCUCGUCAGAAGCAGGUCGUUCAGUCCUUGAAGACUCAAGUCUCGAGUUUUGAGCAGGCAAAGAAAGAGGCCGAUGAUGCGCAGUCAAAGACAAUGAACCAGCUCGAGGAGCAGAUCAAAACACUACAACAAGAAAAGGCCGAUGCAGUUGCAACAGCAGCAGCCUCUUUAGCAGAGCUUGAGAAAACCCAGGUCAAGCAGUUAGAAGCUAUCAAGCAACAGUUGAGCGAAGCCCAGGACCAACUAAAGAAAGCUCAAGAUUCAGGCGAUACCAAAAUGCAGGACAUGCUGAAGAAAUCGGAAGCCGACAUUGCCGCUGCAAACGCCGAGCUCGAGGCUGCCAAAAGUUCCAACUCGAGCAGGAUCCAAGACCUCGAGGCACAGCUCCAAAAGCUACAGGAUGAGGCAGAGGCCAAGGCAUCAGAACACGAGGGAGCUCUCGCCGGUCUACAAAGCCAAUUGGAUGCGGCGACGAGCGCUCUUCACGAGGCCGCGUCAAACUACGAAACGAUCCUGAAAGAUCAUGAGGCUCGUAGUAGAUCUGCUGAGGAAGAGCUCACGAUGUUGAAGGCUUCCCAUGAGAAGGAGCUUACAGAUAUCUACUCUGGAAUCCAGUCAAAGCAUGAAGAGGAGAUCACUGCGCUGAAAGCUGCACAUGCCAAGGAGGUGGAAGAUCUCCAGUCGAACUCACAGUCGAAGCACGAAGAAGAACUUGACGCCCUGAAGAUCGGCCAUAGCGAGCAAAUUCAGCAGCUUGAGGAGAAGCUUCAGGCGUCACAAAAAGAGGCGGGAUCCCUCAAAAAGACACAUGCAGCUCAGAUCAAGCAACUGGAGGAGCAGAUGAGCGCGUCGCUCAAAGAUCUUGGAGUCAUUGAAGCUGGUCACAAUGAACAGGUAGAUCGCAUCAAAGCUGACGCGGCUGAGGCGCAGCAGAGAGCUGUCGACGAGGCGGAGAAGGCCCACAUUGAGAGGCUGCAGGAGCUCCAGCAACAGCUUCACGCGGCAGAAGCGGAUGUAGCAGAGCUCAGAGCAACUCAUACCUCGCAAUUGGAAGAUCUGGAGAGGCAACGGACCUCGGAGCAUGAGGUCGCUCUGAACUCGUUGAAAGAGUCCCAUGCCGCAGCGAUUAAGAGUCUGGAAGAUCAGCUGAAACUCUCCGAUGACUCCAUGGAGACGAUCAAGGCAGAGCAUGCCGAACAGCUGAAACUGGUGGAAGAUCAGGUAUCGUCUCGUCACGCCGAGACAAUCAAUGCCUUGAAGGAAGAGCACGCCGAGCAACUUCAAGACAUGGAGAGCAAAGCCAAGUUAAACCAGGAAGAGGCUCUGGAAGAGCUACGCUCGAGCCUCGCGGAAGAGAAGCGCCAGCUAGAAUCACAGAUGAACUCGAUUCAACAGGACCUUCAAGGUGCCAGAGCGCAAGCUCAGAUGAUGAAGAGUAUCCUUCAAGACACAGAGAAGGAUGGCCGAGAGAAGGAAGCACAGCUCAAUGACGAAAUCGAGAAACUGAGAGCAGACAUGUCGACGUCUGUGAUGAAGCUUGCCCGCAUGAGCGAGGUUCAAUUCCAACAUGACCAAGUUGUGGCCGCGAAGACCGCCUUGGAAGCCAAGGUUCAAGAAGACUGGGAUGCCUUGCGCGUCGAACACGAGAAAUCACUGGCCGAAUUGCAGGCUACCCUGGAACAGCAGCACCAGCAAGCGGUCGAGCAGAUGCAAGAUGAACAUGCCAAAAGCAUCGAGUCGAGUCAAUCGGCCGCCAAGUUGGAGGUGGGAGAACUGGAACAGAAGUUGAAGGAAACCCACGACGCGCAAUUGGACGAGGUUAUGAAGACCCUCGAGAGCCAGUGGAAGUCUCAGGUCGACCAACUGGAGGAGCAGAAUGCGGCCGCUAGUUCCCGCUUUAGCACAGCGCAGACGGAUCACGAGCAAGCGCUGCAAAAGCUCGAACUGGAGCACGACGCGGCAUUAGGCAAACUCCUUGCGGAGCUGCAGGAGGUGCGCGAGGCUGCCGAAGCCGGCCAAUUCUCGACCGAGCUGGACCUACUUCGGAAACAGCUGGCUGAGGCCCAAGAGCAGGCGCAAAAGCUAGAAAUGAAACAUGCGGCGGCGGACGAGGAGCGGGAAUCCACUUUGGCCACCCUGAAGCAAAAGCUCGCCGAAGCGGAAGCCCUGGCCACACAGCACCAGGAGCGAGCCAAGGAAAUGGAGCAAAAGCACCACGAAGCAGUUGAUCUUGCAACCGAGGAGAAUGCAUCCGCCCUUGCAGCAAUAAGACAAGAGCUUGACGCCGCAAAGGAGGCUCAUGCUCAGCAGCUCGAACGGACCAAAGAGCUCGAAGAGCAGCACAGCAAGGCGAUGGCUGCUGCCAUCGACGAAAGAGAAUCUGCUCUAGCCAAUAUGAGUCGAGAGCUCGAGGCCGCAAGAGAAGCCGCCGCGCACCCGGAUCAAUCACGACUUCAAGAGCUCAACAGAAAGUACCUUGACGCCCAGCACGAGCUUUCAGCUCUGCAGGCUAAGCAUGAGCAAGUCAUCCGGGAAGCCAGAUCAGAGUACGAGGUCCAGCUGGAGACGGCCUUCAAGCGCCUGCACGCACUCGAGAAGGCGAAUGAGAAAGAGCAAGAUUCGAAGGCUGCCGACGCCUCUAACACAAGCCUUGCUGAUGCGAACAAGACGAUCAGUUCACUUCAGGUCGAGCUCGAAGGAGCAAUGCUUGAGAUCGAGACACAACGGACACUGGCCGAGACAGCGCAGAAGGAGCUCGAGCAGUUGAAAGCUCAGCCUAUUGCGCUGUCGAGCCCCAAGCCUCGGCCGAAGAGCAAAAGUCCCAAGAGGAAUUCAAUGAACCCGCAAUCACCUACGACGUCGAAACCGGGAUUGGAAUCGAGUAAAUGGGCCAGUCCUGUUGAAGACGUGCCUGCGCUAAGAGGGGGCAGCGGUGAAGACGACGACGAUACCACGACCGCCACUGAUAGGAGACCACGUAACGUGGCAGGACAGUUGGCCGGCAUUCACGAGCAGAUCAGACAGCUUGACGAAAUGAGCGAAGACUUCCUAGAGAAUCAUCAGAAGAUGGCCAACAUAUUGAGUCGUGUCGACGAUGAGACCCAGUAUGCCGACGUUGGCUUUGAGGGCGAAGAAGAGGAGCUGGAGAAAGCGGACUAG